UCUUUAGGCGCGUGCCCGAGAUCUGUGCGUAACUGUACGUCUGACGUCACUCCCCUUAGUAACCCUCAGCGGCGUCUCCAGGAGAGAAGGCAACAAGAUGGGAUUGCUGUCCAUCCUGCGUAAGCUAAAGAGCACACCGGACCAGGAGGUGAGGAUACUGCUGCUGGGUUUGGACAACGGUGGCAAGACCACCUUGCUCAAACAGCUGGCAUCUGAGGACAUCAGUCACAUCACCCCCACACAGGGAUUCAACAUCAAGAGCGUCCAGUCUCAGGGUUUUAAACUGAAUGUUUGGGACAUUGGGGGCCAGAGGAAGAUCAGGCCGUACUGGAGAAACUACUUUGAAAACACAGAUGUGCUGAUUUAUGUCAUUGACAGUGCUGACAGAAAGAGAUUUGAGGAGACGGGUCAGGAACUGGCCGAGUUGUUGGAUGAAGAGAAGUUGAGCGGCGUUCCCGUGCUGAUCUUUGCAAACAAGCAGGACCUGCUGACAGCCGCCCCAGCCUCCGAGAUCGCAGAGGGUCUCAACCUGCACACCAUCCGGGAUCGCAUGUGGCAGAUCCAGUCCUGCUCCGCCCUCACUGGUGAGGGGAUUCAGGAGGGCAUGAAUUGGGUCUGCAAGAGCAUCAACUCCAAGAAAAAAUAGCUUUGCUUCUAGUCUUCUGCUUCUCUGGAGGAACAGCAGCAGCACAUACACUGACACACACUGCACCCUCCUGAGCCUUAGUACGAUGGGAUAUACCUGUGACUGUAAACACACGACUAAUCCAACAUGGAUCUGGACUUUUUAACCCCCUGCAUUUCCAUAUCUCUGGUUUACUAAUCUCAGCACAUCUUCCUACAUUGGCCUCCACAUAGAGGAGGGCUGUUCGACUUCAAAGGGAACCCAUACCGGGAAAUCAAACUCCUCCACCCUGACUACCCACGUCACCAUCACUGUCCCAACCAAUCGCAGCCACCACCCACAGCCUGUCACAACCUCAAACAUUCCCAUUAAACUGCUGUUUUUCAUUGGAAUUCCAGCUUGUUUCUCACACACUGUCCUGGAAACCAGCGCCUCCACCUCCUACCUCCCUCCCAACCUUUUCCUCCAUUUUAUUCUUCCAGUUUGUGCUGUUUGUUUUUUAUCUUUCCACGAUGGCUCUGUUUGAAGUGAGGUAUAUUUUUGUAAUUGUGUUAUUUAUGGUAAAGUAGAGUGUAGAGUGCUUUCAAACAACAACCAGUGUGACGUGUGUGUGUGCGACUCAAAGGAUGUUGAAGAAAUGAUUCCAACUCUCCCCACUAAAGAACGAUACUGUACAUGUUAAAAUGUAUAAAAAAAGAUGAGAUUAAAUCGUUGAGAGGAACUACAUUUUUGGAUCAAGUGUAAAUAGCUCGGCCCUGAGGUCAAAUGUUACGUUAAGAAAAUGUUAUAGAGUAUAUAUUACCCUGCUGUACUUUGUAGUCUAUAAUGUUUGCAUAUCUAACGUGCACAUUUUUAACCAAGGUUUACGUACUGUAAUGCAUUUCUGUGUGCUCCUUGGGUUUGUGGGGGAAUUCACUUUUUUGGCAUUUCCUUUUGAUAUUCUUGAAUGUAAUCUGUCCAGAAUUGAAGGUACUGUAUGUGAAUAAAAAAAGACACGAAAUUUAGAAAUC